AUGGCGCCCGCCCGGCGCGCGUGGGGCUGGGGGCGCCGGGGCGCCGAGCGCGCGCCGCUGGCCAAGCCCGCGGCCUGGGGUCUGGGGAGCUGCGCGGGCAGGGGUCUCGGUGUCCGGACCGCCAGUGUAAGGACAGUCGGGGCCCCCUGGAGACGCCCGUGCCCAAGGACAUGCCGCCAAGAUCCGUGGAGAUGCCACCCUUCGGCCAGCGUGCGUGUCGGGGACCAUUUCUCACCCUGGCUUGCUGGGGAGCCCCGGCCCCGACGCCCUUCCCGAACUUUCCUUCUAACAACUUUAAAACAACGCCACAGCGAGCCUCUGCGGGAGCGCCCGGUACCCGCCGCGCCCGCCUGCCUGGCCCUACCCGGGUUGCUGGGCGCGGGUUGGGGCGCCUGCCGGCCCGCCUUGUACGGCCCCAGCCUCUGCGCUCCGCCUUCGCUUCGCGGGUCAGCAGAGGACGGAGGGCGCUCCGGGAACUGCACGAGGCUGCCCCGGGCCCAGCCUCCGCUGCGCUGGCAGCCCGCGGGCAGCUCCGAGCAGGAGGCUCAGGGUGGCUGGAGUGUAGGGCCCGGCCUCGGUGAGCGACACCAUGGACCCCGGCCCCGGGCCAUCUGGACGCCGAGCGCGAGCGCGUUUGAAGUGGUUCGGGGGCUCUUUGUUCGCCAGGCCGCUCUGGCUCUGGGCCUGGAGGUGUUUACGGCUUUGAUGCCUUUGAACCUAUUCCCAGGUGACCCGGGCUCAAUUAGGCCCGGGCCUGAGCCGGGCUGUCAGGCAAGCCGCGUGAUCAAGGGCGGGCUGGGCCCUUUUAUUGAAGUUGAACCCGAGACCGGGGAGUGCUCGUCGGCCUCCGCUGCUCCUCCGGCCGGCCAGGCGGGCCGCGAGGUGGGGCCCGCGGGCCACGACCACCGCGUUGGGAAACCCGAGGACGGCAAAGAGCGGGCCCUUCGCGCCCCUGUCCGAGGGCCCUGGCUCCGGCCGUUCAAGGGGACGUUUUACCAACAAUCCGUCUAGGAAGGCAGAACGCCUAGGAGCGGGCCCUCGCAUGCAUGUGAGUCGGUAGCAGCGCCCUGCGCAGUGUCCGCGCACCGGACCCGCGGCUUCAGUUCGGUGCCUAAAGGUUCUGCAGAGCCACCGCACCCAGUCCCACCCGGCCUGACCGCCCUCCUUCCUCCGCGCUGGGAAGGCCCACGGCCCCUCUAGCCCAGCAAAAUAGCUUUCCAGGUCCCUUUCUUUAAAAUUCUCAAAUAAAAAUUUAAGGAACGAGAGAGAGAAGCCAGGUCCCCAGCCGUCCUGCCGGUGCUGGGCUGCAGCCCUUCCUGGGGCUUCACGUCAGACGGAAAGGGCCUGUUUUUCCCGAACUGGCCUUUCCCUGGUUUCUUUGCUCAGAGCAGUGACAGUAGCGAUUUGCUGCCCUUUUACCAACCCUGUGUGGGUCCAAGGACCCAGAUCCAGGGACAUCUUCCCUUUCCCAGAUGCGGAGGGCUUUUACUGAGGAGAGGACCUGCCUGGUAGCCUGCUUCGCCAUCCUCGUCUCCCUGUCUGCGUGCCCCUGUGUCACUCUGGCUCUGUCGGUGUGUCUCUUUCUCUGUCCUUUCUGUCUCUUUCUCCAGCAGAGAGAGUUCAUAGUUUAGUUUGAAAGAAAAACAGCUCAGCUUUGGUCCUGAGCAGCCCAGGGCUCAGCCCAGCCCUGAAGACCAGAGGCCCCGGGGACGCCCUGGAAGGGCAGUGCAAGCUGGAUUGCAGGCUCACCUCUGCCUGGGGAGAUGGACCUGGAGGAUUUCACCUGCGACCCCCGGGGCGCCCUGGAGCUGUCAUAACCAGCAGCCCAAUUCAACCGUCUGGAUGCACUCUCUUCAUGGCGUGUCUUGUCUAUUUUAAAAUGCUUUAACAAUGAUUAUAGUACUGGAGGCUGUGAUACUGACGGCUGCCUGCGGAAAACCUUGCUUAACGGAAUUUGGAGUGACUUUCUUAUGCUGUAUUGCCAGCCCCUCAGAGUCAUUACCUGGGCAGUGACCCCUUGCAUACAUAGGAGAAGCUAAGGCACAGUGGCAUUUAGCAGCGUUUCCAAUGUCACCUGCAUGUUGGCUGGGGAAGUGACAGCAUUCCUCUCUUUUGAGGAGGGGAAUUUGCUAAAUUAAAACCCAAAUGAAAAUGUCAUCAAUUUGGGAAAUAAUACUCACGUUAUUGAUUUAGUUUGAGUUUUUCUUUCAAAAAUUAAGUCAGUGAUAAGGCUAAUAAAGCCAAUUUAUUAAUAGCAUAAGUAAUACAAUAUAUCUCUGUGUGAAUAUUCUUUGCAGGACCACCCAGUCUCACUUGGACUUCAGUAAAAUAUCACGCAAUAAAGAUUCACGGAAGUAAAUACA